CCGGCCCCCUGCCCUCUGAAUGACGUAGAGACCAGGCAGGCAAGCAGCGGAGAACCCGGACUUGGGCCGGCCCGUCUUUCGCUCGUUAAACUCAGUGUGUUACGCGUCAACGUGUAAGCUAGUGUAAUCGGCUAAUAACGUCAGGAGCGACCGGUUGUUGGUGGUCUACAGAGUUGUCCGUGGUGUUCCCGUACUUCCGUACGUCCGGUCGCUAAUCGGAUCGGAGCGCAGCGAGAGAGUGUACGUCGUCGUGUCCCAGGCAGCCAGCCAGCCAGCCGGUGGUACAUCCAACGAUGGUGGUCAAAAUCUACAUAUCGGGUAUCAGCGGCAAUAAGGAAGUGAAGAAAAGACAACAACGUGUGACGAUGAUUCUAGAUAGUAAACAUGUGGAAUAUGAGAUUAUUGAUAUAACAGAGCCGGGCAAGGAAUUAGACAAAGAAUUCAUGCAAGCUAAUAGUAAUGCAAGAACCAACAAGUAUCCAUUGCCACCGCAAAUAUUUAAUGAAGAUGAUUAUUGUGGAGAUUAUGAAGACUUUGAUUUAGCAAACGAAUUGGAUGAAUUGGAAAAGUUUUUGAAAGUAACGCCAGCAAUCAGUACUGCAGAAAUCACUCUUGAUUCAAAAUCUCAGAGUGAUGGAAUUCAAGAGAAUGGAAAUACUUCAAGUCGAGAGCCUUCUGCGGACAAAGAAGCAGAUAUAGUACUCUCCGACAGUUUACCAGAAAGAACAACUUUAAACAGCGAGAAUAAAGCCUUAGAUGACUCUAAACCGACUGAAGUAGAUAGCGCGACAAAAAUUAUUACUAGUGACGAAGGUGAACAUGCCGAAGAUAAUGGAGAUAAAAAUGAAGAAAAAUCCGACGACCAAGAGAAAGAGGAAUAGAUAUGAGAGAUAUACCCACAUGUAAAAUUGGGAUAUAUUUCAUACAUCCUUCCUUUUCCACCCACAAGCGUAUUUUGCAAAGCUACGUUUAUUACAUUACUAAGGCUGAAUGAAGGUACUGCCAAGAUAAUAUUCUGUAUUGGAAAGUCUGCUGAAUGAACAGUACAAGUGACACGCAUAGAGAACAUACUUUUAUAGAAUAUACUUUGUAUUUUAGAUCAAACGCGUCUUCACACACCAAUGUCUGUUUUUCAACAGGUUUGAUUAGGUGAUAUCAGACAAUUCCUUCAUAUUGCUAUCUUUAUACACAUCUUCACCUUUAUUGUUUAUUAUUUUGCAUUGUUUCACACUGCACUACAAUAUAUUGCAGCACUUUCGACAAUGAAAUUAAAAUAUAUAUUUUUCUUUUACCUUUUUGUUUUCCAUUAAGUAUGCAACUUUUCGAUUAUUAUGUUGGAGUGUGCAAACAAAAAAAAAAAAUAUAUAUAUAUAUAGGAUAUA